UAUGAUUUGUAUCCUGAAAGACAUGGUGGAAAGUAUAAGCCAGGUUUUUGGGAGAUAUGCUGCUUCAUGAGGGUGAAAACCCUGAGUGAUCAGAUUACUUGUGAGAAAAAUGUCUUCAACUGCUUCAAGAAAAGUUAUGGAGUAAGACUAAUGCUAGAUGCCUUGAAAUUGGCAGGGUGUCCAGUGGAUAUGAGCAGGAAUGUGUCCUGUGAGACAUGUGAACACAUCGUCACUGGUGGCUAUGACCCUUCCACAAAUCAGAUUGUCGUCUGUCAAAACGUUGCCCGGAAAGAAAGCGUGGUGCAGGGAAUCCUGGUGCAUGAACUUAUACACAUGUUCGACUUUUGCACCAAAAAGGUAAACUUCGAGAACCUUGAGCAUUUGGCGUGCACUGAGAUUCGGGCUGCCAAUUUGACCCACUGCAGUUACGUCAGCUCCAUCUUACAAGGAGAUUCCAGCCCCAUCAACAUCAAACAGACGCACCAGGACUGCGUCAAGAACAAAGCGGCCUGCUCCCUGGUGGCGGCGCGCGGAAUCACAAAACGCGAGGCCGUCCGCAUAGUGGACCUGGUGUUUCCUAAGUGUUACGCUGACCUGGAGCCCAUCGGCCGACGGGUGCGGCGUAACAGUGAGGAUAUCCGCAGAGCUUACUUGGAGCGGCACAAGUACGGAUACGUGUGACCAACCAAUCGGACUAGUCAUUUAUGAGGAGGUAGCCAUUUUUGCAUUGUUACGUGACCAAGAUGCGCCGGAACCGCAGUGGACUUGUGAUUGUCAAUUCUCGUUGAUUGCUCAUUUAUCGUGAGAGACAAUACAAGGUUGUGCAAAUUA